AUGAGAUUCGAAGAAAAUAGGUUGAAUGAAAUUAAAAGAAGAAUAAUCAUUCUUUGUAUUCCAACAUUGUUGUUAUUUAUUUCAGUUCUAAUGAAUCUACCUAGAAACCCAUUGAAAGAAAUAAUGAUGGAAUGUGUUGUUUAUCUUGAUUCAAUUAAAGAUUCAUAUUUAUCAAUGAUUGUAUUUGUUAUUUUGAAUUUAAUUGGAUUAAUUAUUUUUUUACCAAUUACAUUCUUAACAUUAACAGGUGGAUUUGUUUUUGGAUAUUCAAAAGGAUUAGUAUUAAACAUUAUUUCACGAUUUAUAGGUAGUAUUAUUCCUUAUUUUAUUGGAAGAUAUAUUGCAAAACGAUAUGUAAUUGAUUAUCUCAAAUCUCAUCCUAAGACUGAUCAGUUCAUUUCGUUAUUAAAUGAUGAUUCUACAUAUUUACUUUGUUUAUACAGAAUGUGUCCAAUUAUCCCUUUCACUAUUUCAAAUUAUAUUCUCUCCCCAUUUGUUGACCCAUCUCAUUUCUUCAUUUCUACAUUGAUUGGUAUAAUUCCUCUGAUGAUUAUUCAUACAUACUUUGGAACUGUGAUUCAUGACAUUGUAGAGAUCGUAUCAACUCCAUCACUCAACUUCACAUUUCUUAACAUCAUUGUUUUGAUUGGAAUGAUUGUAUUGACUAUUGUAUUCUUUGUUGUAUUUUCAAUAAAAAUCAAAGAGAUUAGCAAAAAUCAAAAAGAAACACCAAAAGAAGUUAUUUGGUUGAUGAAAGAAGUAAUAAUUAAAGAAUAA